AUGGGGUCGGUCGUGGACAAAAGGGCCCGGCAAAACCUCUGCCGACAGUAUGCUGAUCGGGAUGAGCAUCUCGAUGGACCCGGACUAGGGGCCUCUGAGCAUCCGCCUCCUUAUCAGGAGUUUGAAGAGCUACCAGGAAUGCCUGCGCUCGACCUCAUGGACGCCCAUCUGAGUGAUACGCGUGACACAGUAAGCCGCGAACAGGUCGUCGCGCACCUCAAAUUUCUCGCGGUCCUCGCCGAUCUGCGAGACUUAAUCUCAAAUUCGGACGGCCUCUUUGGUCUCUAUGAUUCCGAGGCCGACAACGACCCCCAGAAGAAUGAGGCUUGCGCGCGUAUCCGCGAAAAGCGGUGGGCUGUGUAUACGGCUCGUGCGGUUGGCCGGUACGAAAUAUAUUGGACAACCUGUAUACCGCAGUCGCGAGAUCCCAUUACCUUGAGAGAUCUCGAGGAUCCCGACUACCCCAGUAUCGUCGACGGUAACCACUCGUUGCGGUGGACAAAAGACAACUUACCCCCUCUUGAUGUCUUGAUGGUGCUCCACUCACAUAUGCUCAACCCGAGAGACUUUCUGGAAGAUUGCAUCCGGGCUGGCAAGAUGAGCCUCUGGCGAACUGGCUUCCCCUUGGCCCAAGUCAAUGCGUGUAUCGAUAACGCCACAUUGGAGUACUCGGUAUCCCGGUCUAGAGAAGCGCAGUUUGAGUUCCAUACCGGAGUGCAGUGGAAUAACCUGAAGGACCCAGCCUCUACGGAAGUGCAGUGUCCCCGAUGUGAUAAGAUUACGACUGUUCCCUGGACCAAACUGGGGCAGGGACAAGAUGUGAAAGAGGCCCUCAAGAACUCUACGGGCUUAGCCGAUCGAUCCUUUGAGGCCAUCUGCAAACAAUGCCUCUUUUGUUUCAAUCACGAUCGUCUUCGUGUUGCCAAAUUUCGUCGUGACCUGAAUGACCUUCUAACGAACGGACGACCAAUGCCGGGGAGUAUUCUCAAUAUCAACGGUAUACCCGAGGGAAAGAGCGUGCUGUCAAAGAAAAAGAGCCACCUUUGCGCGCAAAUGAUGUUCCCCAAUCAGCUGAUGCAGGUCGUGGGGAAGUUCUUGCUCGGUUUUACCGACGGCCGGUUGGAUCGAUGCGAGAGCAUCAACGACCUGCGCGGUAAGCUCGAAGAGAUGCUCGGAGAUCGCCACCACAUCGACGCCGCCCACGCGCUCAGCAGCGAGAAAGACAAAUUGGGCUCCAGAAUUCGACCUGCCGAGAGAGUCCAUUUCCGACGGAUGAUGUCGCACUACUGGGAGAACUUCAGUCCUUUUGCGCUCGAUCUGGUCGGGGCGGUGAUUCGCCAGGGAACCUUUGUGCAAAAGAUGGACAACAUUGACUGGUUGCACUCCCCCACAGUCAUGGAAACCGCAGGUCGACUCAUUGAAAAGUACAAAAUCUUCCUUCAAAUCAUGCACCAAAAUCCGACGAAAAUGGCCGUCCCGACUCUGGACGUGGAUCUCGCUUGGCACACCCAUCAACUUCAACCCCGUCGGUACUACACAUAUACGACCCGGGAAAGACCAGGUUACCAGCCGGUCUUCGUCAACCACGAUGACAAGGUGGCCGAGGACCAGCUCAACGAAAGCUUCGAAUGGACCAGUAAGAUGUAUCAACGCGCCACCGGCGGCGGUAUCUACAGCGAGUGUACCUGCUGGUAUUGCGAAGCCACACGCGCACCGGAUCUGCGUCAACGCAUUUUCCACAUGGAUUAUACUUCACGUGCUCGCCACAACGCAGAUUCUCUGCACGACCGCGAGGAUAUUUCUUCCGACCCUGAGAAGAAUCCGCAUAUCUCUGCCCACAAUGCCGUCAGACCAAUCGAUUCGGACGCCACUAUUGCGCAGUUACGAGCCAAGAAGAUCAAUAUACUGCGGCUCCGUCGAAACUACGAGACGGUCGCCCGCCGAGCAGAGAAGCGCGGCCGUGCUCGCCCUGAUGCGAAAAGGACCGCUAACGGGGGCUAUGAGCCUUGCUAUUACUUUCCAUACGCCUGGGGCUACCCCGUCAUGCUCCCCUAUUACGCUCCGUACAUGUCGGACCCGGGCAUCAGCUCGGACAGUUAUGCUUGCAAUCCCAGCUGUAUGAGCGUUGGGGUGGGCAUGAGUGGAAACUGCUGUACAGGGACAUGUGGUGGGGGCGUUGCGGCCGGUGCAUGCGGUGGCCUUGGUUCGGCAGGUGGUUGUGGCUCUCUUGGUGGCUGCGGCGGAGGUGGUGGUGGAGGUGGUGGUGGAGGGUGGAGGAGGAGGAGGAGGAUGCGGAGGCGGAGGCGGAGGCGGAGGAUGCGGUGGAGGCUCCUGAUGAACUCUCGACAAGAGACAGACUGUCAUCUUUCCUGA